AUGCGUCGUGUCGCGGAGGUAGUGUCACGGUGCGGGGAGGCCAUCUGCCACGGCGCGGGGAGUAUCGCGAGCGCGGCGCUGGGCGUAGAGUGCAGCAGAUGCCGCGGCGUGACGGAGUGGAGUGUCGCGGCCCGACGCUGGAUGAAAAUGGUGGUUGGGAGGUGGACGGAAUGUAGGGGCGAUCUGUUGGCGGAGGGCGCCAAAUCCGUGAGGCUUCGGCUGAAGGAUCGUUUCAGGGUGGCUGCGGUGGACUACCGCCGCUCCCGGUGUAUGGGUUUCUCCGGCGGCGGCUACUUCUCCUCCACGGUCCAUCGCUGGCUCGAUCGGUUCUCUGAAUUUCGCCACGGUUCUCUGCCGUCCGCUUCAACGUUUUACCGCAAAAAAGUGAGUAAGGAUAUUGAUGCAGAAGACGAUUCAGUCUUGACCCGUAUGCUCCAGGCUGUUGCUGUUCCUGUGAUUGGUAAUGUUUGCCAUGUUUUUAUGCACGGGCUCAACCGCAUUCAGAUUUUUGGUGCAGAGAAAUUGGAACAUGCGCUGCUGCACAGGCCAGAGAACAAGCCUCUCCUUACGGUUAGCAAUCAUGUCGCAGCUAUGGAUGACCCUUUGGUUAUUGCUUCCCUUCUCCCUCGUAGUAUGCUGUUAGAUGCCAAAGGUUUGAGAUGGACCCUCUGCGCAUCUGAUCGAUGCUUUAAAAAUCCAGUUACGUCCGCAUUCUUCAAGUACGUGAAAGUGCUGCCAGUUUCUCGUGGAGAAGGGAUAUAUCAAAAGGGAAUGGACUUGGCUAUUUCCAAACUGAACCGCGGUGGCUGGGUUCACAUAUUUCCUGAAGGCAGCCGUUCUCGAGAUGGUGGGAAAACUAUGGGAGCUGCCAAGAGAGGCAUCGGAAGGUUGGUCCUGGAUGCUGACAAUGUACCCAUUGUUGUUCCUUUUGUGCAUACCGGGAUGCAAGAGGUCAUGCCCGUUGGAGCCAAGUUUCCUAGGGUUGGCAAAACGGUAACUAUACUUGUUGGUGACCCCAUUGGUUUUGACGACUUAAUCAAUGAAGAGCCUCAGAAAAACAUAUCAAGAGGAAAACUCUACGACGCGGUCUCGGCUAGAAUUGGCAAUCGCCUCCAAAAGCUGAAGCUGCAAGUUGAAGUUUUAGCCCUUGAGCAAGCACAAUUAUUGCAAAAAUACCCUCCAUCACGUCUCACUGAGCGAGCAGCUCAUCUUUUGCAAAGCGUUGACUGGGAGUCACUCGGGAUGGGUAGCUACCUAAGCAUGAAUGAGAACUCGUCUAGCCAAGACACGUUGCGCGAACGGGAAGUUUCUCAACUCUAUCCUCAAGGAAGCAGGUGCGUGGACCAAUGCUCUAGAGUUGGCUUUUCUAGUCAAGGUGGGUUGGUAUCAAGGGUAAAAGGCUAUAUGGACUCGACCGAACCAAUGAUUUUUUCGGCAAGAGGUUUAUUCACGAAUCAUAGAACAAAUGCGUAUUUUUUUAGUCUGCAUAGAGUUAGUCCUUUGAAGGUGUGGAAUAAAUUCUGGAAGUCGAUGUCUGGAGGGGACCACUUCCCUCUUGACUCACUUCUGGCUGAGGCAUGA